AAAAAAAAAAGGUCGGAGGUCGCUCCAUUCCUCCUGCCUUCAGGAGGGUUGUGGGCUGCGUAUUAGAGACACAGAGACAUGACUUUUCACAUGCCCCUAACUCAGCUAGCUACAUCAUGCCCCUUGAAGAGUCUUUUUGGUUCUUAAUUAUUUGACUGACGUCAAUUUUGCAGCCAAAAAAAUGACUUGCAUCACUGAUCUCGUUUAGCUUGUUCCUCUGUCACCCGUCACUACCACGCCCCUCACCCGUCAUUCACAUAAUAAAGUUGACAUCCAACUAAAGCUUUAGGCUAUUCUAACCCAUCGGUUUUGAAUUUAUGAGCUUUAGUAAACAAAAUGUUUAGUUUAAGUACUAAGCAGGAUGCAGCUUAUUUCCGCACAGUUAAAUAGCAUGUUAGGUUUAACUUUGUACAGCUACAUGCGGGCGUGGAAUGAGAAUAAAAAAUAGCUGCCGUUGGCCGGAUGUACUCCUCUCCAUUAUAAUAUGGAUCUCAGGGAGGAAUCACGGGAGAUGGGAGGCCGUAGAAUUUCUUACUGUUAGAAUUAGUCAGCAAAGAUCAUCAAACCAAACAUGGCCUAAGGUUGUGUGCUUCAAAAUCCAGGUGGACCUCACUUUGUAAAGAAAGAGAACGUAUUUUUGCUUUUAUCUGCAGCCGCCUUGUUUAUCUUCAACACAUACGCUCGUCAGAUUAAAAAAACUGUAAAAUAUGAAGACCAUUAUGAGCCGUUUGCUCGGUCGCACGAUCUAAAUAAUGUAAUCAGGUCGAGUACAUGGCCGAUAUGAGCUCUUAUAGUCCCAAAAUUUGAAUGCACUAUCUCAACUUAUGUACCUGCAGAAACACAAACCCGGUGACUAAGUAUUUCACACAACACGAAGCAGGCAUUAGAGGUGUGCCUUGGCAAGUAAUCAGAGCAGCUAACGAACGAUGGUACAUCAACUAGAAAAGCAUGACUUUGGUGCUUUUACAUUGCCAAUGUACAGUGCAUGAAGAAGGUGAUGACCUGACAUGUGCUCCUAUUCAAACACAGUGUGCGGUCUCCCUAUCUUGUGUGCCAGAAAUUUAGAAGAACAACAACAUAGCGCUCACAAUCAGAUGGGUGUUUUUUUACAAGCUUCUGAAGUGAAGAUGGUAAGCUCCUCGGAGGAUUUCCUCCAGAUCAAUUCAGGCUCCUUAAAAUGCGAUCACAACACAAGGAUGAUCUUCCCCACAUGGGAAGCAUGAUCAGUGACUUUGCUUCUACGAUAGACUCAAAGGGAGAAAAUCAGAAAACACGUGGAAGGGAAAAAGGGGAAGAGAGCACUUUGUAAAGUCAAUUUUCUAUGACAGAUGCACGCAAAAUGAUGUACAAUCGAGUGAGUAGGUGAUGACAGCAAAACCCAAAAUAAAAGCUUUCUGUCAUCAUCAUCUCCCACUACCCCACUUCUUCUCGAACUUGGAAACACUGAGAACAGUGAGAAUGAGGAAGACCAUCCUGAGUAAGUACUCUGCUCCUCUUAUUGUUUUGGAGAAACCAAGCUCACUCUUAGAGAGAGACUCAUUAUUUGAUGCCAUCCCUUCUUUUCCACCAUUUAUUAACUUUACCUCCCACUGGGCAGUUCAGAAAGAGAGAGUGGGGAUGGCGUUUGGUGGUGGGGAAAGGCGUGGCGCUUGGUGCGGCGGGUCCCACAUGGAAGCGAGUAGGCUCGCGUCUCUUGACGGAGCCGUGACGGUUCGUGACGGAACCGGGGACAGCAGGUCACGGCCGGUUGCGUCCGUUAGCGUAUUAAAUGUGACGGAGUAACGCGUUGCCCUAACGUCGUCUGAUCCGCUUCCCUUCCCCGCCCUCCCGUUUCCGUCCCCUCACCACCGCCCCCGCCGUCGUCUGCCGCCGCUGGUAAUUGCAACAUCAACGUCCUCCCCACCCUGAAUCCACAUGGCCUGUGACGACGAAUACGUCCUCCUAGAGGACCACCACCCGCCGCCUCACCACCACCAUCACCAGCAACACCAACACCAGCACCAGCACCACCAUCCCCACCAACCCUUCCCUUCCAGGUUCGUCCACAAGCCUACCCCUCCCCACCCCUCUCUCAGCAACCCUCUUGACGCCUCCUCUGCCUCCGCCUCCGCCGCAAAGAAGGUCCCCGGGGCGUCCUCGGACGAUCCCGACGACUUUGGCGACACCGGAUUCUGCUCUCACCCUGACUCGAAAUGCUCGCCUUCCUUCCACAACGCCAUCGUCGGUGCCCACUGCUUUCAGGACGACGUCCAUCCCUUUCCCAGCGCCGCCGAGGAGGAAGAGGAGGAGGACCAGAAAUCGAGGGCUCGUCCUGAAAAGCGUAAGGAUCGUGACGAGCUGAGCGACGGGGGCACCACCUACUGCUACAAGCGGCCGAAGCCCGGAGCAGGUGGCGUUGGCGGGGGAGGCGACUACAAGAAGGACCGGGAGGAAUGGAGCGAUUCCGCGAUCGCCUGCUUGCUGGAUGCUUAUACGGAGAAGUACGUGCAAUUGAACCGGGGGAACCUCCGGGGUAGAGAUUGGGACGAGGUGGCAUCCAUCGUUAGCGACCGAUGCAACAAGCAGAAGUCGUGCAAGAGCAUCGAGCAGUGUAAGAACAAAGUUGACAACCUGAAGAAGCGGUAUAAAGCCGAGCGCCAUCGCCUGAACAAUGGCAGCUUGUCCGUUAGCCAUUGGCCCUGGUUUAAGAAGAUGGAGCAGAUCGUUGGCUCCUCCUCUUCCUCCUCCAAAGCUGUCUCCGAUGAGGAUAAACCCAUAGCCGCCACCGCUGUAGCAGGCGGUGGCGGUAGCAGCGGAUUAACCAAUUCUGCCAACACGCCUAGACUGUCCAAGAGAUAUGGUGUUUCCACUCCACCUGUUGGCUUACCAAAUAACCUGAAGACUAAGUCUUUGGCAAGUCCGAAAUGGCGAAGAGUGGUAUUCAAAAUUAGUGGAGCUGCCCUUGCUGGAAAUAGUCCACAGAAUGUUGACCCCAAGGUGGUCUCUCUGAUUGCUAGAGAAGUUGUCACUGCUAAUCGCCUUGGGGUUGAGGUAGCAAUUGUUGUCGGAGGCCGAAACUUCUUUUGUGGAGAAUCAUGGGUGGCAGCAACGGGCCUUGAUAGAGCUACUUCUUACCAGAUAGGGAUGAUGGCAACCGUGAUGAACUCUCUUCUGCUUCAGGCAUCUAUAGAGCACCAGGGUGUGCAGACUCGUCUUCAAACAGCUGUCACAAUGACAGAGAUUGCAGAACCAUACAUUAGGCGUCGUGCAAUUCGGCAUCUUGAGAAAGGCCGUGUGGUUAUUUUUGGUGCGGGAACUGGAGUGCCACUCUUCACUACAGAUACGGCAGCUGCUGUUAGAGCUUCUGAAAUACAUGCCGAGGCAGUCCUGAAGGGCACUAUUGUCAACGGUGUUUAUGACUGCAACACAAGAAAUGGCAGCAAUGUUGCCUUGGAGCACAUUUCGUACAGGGAGCUGAUAUCCAGGGGUCUCAAUGCCAUCAUGGACAUGACUGCCAUUACAUUAUGCGAAGAUAAUGGGUUACCUGUUGUAGUUUUCAACUUGCUUGAACCGGGAAACAUAUCAAGAGCCUUAUGCGGGGACCAUGUAGGUACUCUGAUUGACCAGUCAGGAAGGAUAAGUUGAUUUCCAUGCCCGGGAAUGAGCAUGAGAUAGUCCUUUAAAGAUAUUGUUGAAAUGCUUGAUAUCCAGGCAGCGAACGGUACAGGUGGCAAUACUGAGAAGCAGUUACUAUUUUUGGUAAGCUUGGGCUGGUGGUCACAUUAGAAAUUUGAAGCUGCCAGGUAAAGCUUAAUUUAGUAGAGCUUUCAAGAGGAAGAUGGUCAGUAAAAUGUCACUGUGGAUAGUGGUAUAAUUAUGGGCCGAUAUAUUGUGAUUAUUGUUCAACAGGUUCAUAAAAGCAGAUUAUUUUGAGAAAGGAA